GACCCGCCGGAAGACUCAAAGUAAGACUCAACCUUUCGGAACACCCGCACCAAAAUUAACCGAAUCGAAAAUUCAAAUCCCAUCGGACCCAACCGCUGCCAGCCAGGACCCUCACAGAUCUGGAGACCCUUUACACAGGAUCCAAGACAUAAUGGAGCUGUGGCACAAGCUGCGAAUGCAGUUGAACGACUUCUUCUAUGUGAACUACCCCUAUAUAGCUCUAUAUAGCGGAAUGGGCGUGGCCAUGACCGCCUACUUGCACUACCAGUGGAAAAUGCAUCACUACGACCUGAUGUACUGGAAGCAAUUGGCGGAGGCCUUCUCGCAGGAGAUUGACUUCUUCCAGCUGGCCAUUCUGCUGGUAAUAUUCGCAAUCAAUGCCAUUUUCGUGUUUAUUAUCCUGAGCGUGUAUUUGCGCCCGGCCAUCGAUAACAAUGGUGAGAUGUCGCUGCUGGAGAUCAAGGAUCGCUAUGCCCGCUUUAUCCUGAUCCGGCUGAUAGCCCGUCUCGAUCGCAUCCAGUCCAAGUUGUCGGCCAAAAGGAAGAGUCUCACCUUCCAGCACUAUGCCAGAGCCCAUACGAAUAUGGUGAAGGCGGUGGCCCUGUUCCGCAAAGAUGCCCGCAAGCUGAUCCUGCCCAACGAGUCGGAGAUCCUGAUGCCCAUCGAGGACAUCUACGGCGUGGCCGAGGACGAGGAGCGACUCCUGCGGCGAUCGGGCUACUACAAGCUGAUCAUCGACACCACCGACGAGACGGUGAAGACCCUGUUCAACGCCAAGUGAGGCGAUAUCCUGUUCUAACUACCUAUCCCUACCAUCUAGCUGAUCCGGUUCCGAUUCAAACUUUGAGUAAACUGCAGUUC